AAAGUACUCCAGCCCAGGCGCCACCGCCCACGCCGGCCAACUCCUCCAACCCUCGCCGGCGUCGCCGCCAGUUCGCCGGUUUGCCACUGUACGUUGCCCCUAGUCCGCACCGUGCGGCGUGCGCCGCCAUGCGCCCUCUAUCUCAGUAUCUCUCCCCUCGACGCGUGCAUCUCCUGGCCGUGCGCCGCCUGCUCGCCACCGCCCAACGCCGGCCAACUCCUCCCUUGUACUCCAUCCUCUCCGGCUGACCACCCUCCACGAUUUCAUCUCCCUCCUCUCCAGCCAACACUGAUCUUUCGACUGAAUCUCCCAAUCUUUCUGACCAGAGCCCAACACCGAGCAUCGGAAUCUCCCCAUGGAGGCGGCCGCCGGCACCGGGCUGCGGUGCUCGCUUAACCCUGUCCCCAACCCGCGCAAGAUAAGCGCGCGGGUGCGCUUCACGACCAAGCGGCAGCCAUGUGCCGCCACCUGCAGGCCGUUGCUGCUUCGUCCGAGCGCGAGCGCAUACACGGCGGCGAUUGAUAGCGGAGCUGGUGGGUACUCCGGGGCCAACAAGAGGCUCGCGGUGUUCGUGUCCGGCGGGGGCUCCAACUUCCGGUCCAUCCACGAGGCAGCUCUCGGUGGAAAGGUGAACGGUGAUGUGGCUGUGCUCGUCACGGAUAAGCCAGGCUGCGGUGGUGCGGACUACGCAAGGUGCAACGGCAUACCGGUGGUUGUGUUCCCCAAGUCGAAAUCAGCGCCGGAGGGGGUGUCGACCGAUGAACUUCUCAAUGUUCUCAGGGAUCUGAAGGUAGACUUUGUUCUACUUGCUGGUUACUUGAAGCUCAUACCUGGUGAGCUAGUUCAGGCGUUUCCCAGAUCCAUGCUGAAUAUACAUCCUUCACUCCUCCCAGCAUUUGGUGGGAAGGGUUAUUAUGGUUCCAAAGUGCAUAAAGCAGUUAUUGCAUCUGGAGCCAGAUACUCAGGACCAACUGUGCACUUUGUGGAUGAGCAGUUCGACACUGGAAGAACUUUAGCCCAAAGAGUUGUGCCUGUUUUAGCCAAUGAUACACCAGAACAAUUGGCUGCAAGGGUUCUUCAUGAGGAGCACCAAGUUUAUGUUGAAGCAGUUGCUGCCUUGUGUGAGGACCGAAUCGUGUGGCGGGAAGAUGGUGUCCCGCUUAUCACAAGUCAGGCAAACCCCAAUGAGUAUAUGUGAUAGUUCUCCUGAACACUAAUGAAGUUUGUAGCCCCGUGUGAAGUGCCAUUUUUCCCCAGGGCAUGGAGUGAAUUCAUACGGCUUGUCUGACUGAGUGAAAUGAAUGUCUGAUAAACAUAAUAUGUUCCCUGCACUUUGUUCUGCUCAUUGUGUGGUUUGGCUUUGAUGAUAA